AUGAAGAAGAUCAACGUGCUCCUAAGGAAAUGCAAGAGCCUGUCCAAACAACUCGGUCGGUCCUCAUCCUACAGCAGCUUGAGAUCAAAUAAUCCAACUGCAACCCAACGGGCCAACAACCACCUGUGGAGGUCUCACAGCACUGCUCAUCACUAUCUGGACAAUCAUCAUCGUCUCGACGACGACGACGAUGAUCGAAGGAUGGUGUUCGUGGGGAGCACGAGGAAGCGGUACGUGAUCGGCUCCAAGUACUUGAGCCACCCCGUGGUGAAUGCCCUCAUCGACAAUGAUGAUGAUGAUAAAGAUCGGACGGCUGUGGUGAAGUGUGAGGUGGUUCUGUUCGAUCACUUGCUUUGGAUGCUGGAGAAUGGCGAUCCCAGCAGCCUUAGCUUGGAUUCUCUGGAGGAGCUUGCGGAUCUCUAUGUGUUCUGA